GGACGUACCUCACGGAAACUGGCUUUGGCCCUGCGGCUGCUGCCGUCGCGGCGGAGAAAUUGUUGGAAUUGGCAGCCUAGGAAUGAAUCUCCUCUCAGCCUCUAAGCUCACCUGGUCAGAAUCCUUGGAUGAGCCUGUGGGACGCUUCCUCCUAGCCCUGUGGUUUGGAACUGGUGGCUUUGGGACUGUAAGAGGAUGGACAAAGAUUCUCAGGGGCUACUAGAUUCAUCCCUGAUGGCAUCAGGCACUGCCAGCCGCUCAGAGGAUGAAGAGUCACUGGCAGGGCAGAAGCGAGCCUCCUCACAGGCCUUGGGCACCAUCCCUAAACGGAGAAGCUCCUCCAGGUUUAUCAAGAGGAAGAAGUUUGAUGAUGAGCUGGUGGAGAGCAGCCUGGCCAAGUCCUCUACCCGGGCAAAGGGGGCCAGUGGGGUGGAACCAGGGCGCUGUUCUGGGAGUGAACCCUCCUCUAGUGAGAAGAAGAAGGUGUCCAAGGCCCCCAGCACUCCUGUGCCGCCCAGCCCAGCCCCCACUCCUGGAAUCACCAAGCGUGUAAAAAAGAGCAAACAGCCACUUCAGGUGACCAAGGAUCUGGGCCGCUGGAAGCCUGCUGAUGACCUCCUGCUCAUCAAUGCUGUGUUGCAGACCAAUGACCUGACAUCGGUCCACCUGGGUGUGAAGUUCAGCUGCCGCUUCACCCUUCGGGAAGUCCAGGAGCGCUGGUACGCCCUGCUCUACGAUCCUGUCAUCUCCAAGCUGGCCUGCCAGGCAAUGAGGCAGCUGCACCCAGAGGCCAUAGCCGCCAUCCAGAGCAAGGCCCUGUUCAGCAAGGCUGAGGAACAGCUGCUUAGCAAAGUGGGAUCGACCAGCCAGCCCACCUUAGAGACCUUCCAGGACCUGCUGCACAGACACCCUGAUGCCUUCUACUUGGCCCGUACUGCCAAGGCUCUGCAGGCCCACUGGCAGCUCAUGAAGCAGUAUUACCUGCUGGAGGACCAGACAGUGCAGCCGCUGCCCAAGGGGGACCAGGUGCUGAACUUCUCCGAUGCAGAGGACCUGAUUGAUGACAGUAAGCUCAAGGACAUGCGAGAUGAGGUCCUGGAACAUGAGCUGACAGUGGCUGACCGGCGCCAGAAGCGAGAGAUUCGUCAGCUGGAACAGGAAUUGCAUAAGUGGCAGGUGCUUGUAGAUAGCAUCACAGGCAUGAGCUCUCCGGACUUUGACAACCAGACACUGGCAGUGCUACGGGGCCGCAUGGUACGGUACCUGAUGCGCUCAAGAGAGAUCACCCUGGGGAGGGCAACCAAGGAUAACCAGAUUGACGUGGACCUGUCUCUGGAGGGUCCAGCUUGGAAGAUCUCCCGGAAGCAAGGUGUCAUCAAACUGAAAAACAACGGUGAUUUCUUCAUUGCCAAUGAAGGUCGGCGGCCCAUCUAUAUCGAUGGACGGCCGGUGCUGUGUGGCUCCAAAUGGCGCCUCAGCAAUAACUCCGUGGUGGAGAUUGCCAGCCUGCGAUUCGUCUUCCUCAUCAACCAGGACCUCAUUGCCCUUAUCCGGGCUGAGGCUGCCAAGAUCACACCACAGUGAGGUGUGGUGGCAGGACCCAUGGGCUCUCUGGCCUCAGUUUCCCCUGCCAUUCCAGCUCCCUACCUAGAGCUGGAAACUCGGGCUCCUGGAAAAACCAGAGUGGGUAGCGAGAGACCCCACUGACAGCCCAUUGAUCUGAGCCUUUGCUGGGGUGGGGUGGGGCGGGGGAGAGGGUAUGGGGCUGGCCCUCAGGAACCCCUAGAGGCUGGGACUCUGCAGCUCCCUUAGAGCCAGAGCCCCUCUCUCUCAGCAGACUACCUUCCCCUCGCCCCAGAUUCCUAAUCCGUGUCUCCAAGCUGAUUAGCUACAGACUUUUACUGUAUUACUUUUCUUUUGUAAAUAAAAAGCACUGAGUUCCAAA